AUGGGAUAUUUAUUCCAUUAAUUGUAGAUGGCUGACUCUAAUACUGACCACACCACUACAGAUGGCAAUGAAACUGCGAAUGGGAUUUGUGGAGUAAUAAAACCAGUUGUGCAAAGAAUUGAUAAUCAGGUUGAAGCAGUAAGAAAGUCCCAGUUGGAGCUGAGAGUUAAAAUAGAAGAAGUUUCAUCCGAUCUUCAGCGAAUCAGUGAAGAGCAGCCUGUGAAUGUGAACUUUGACCCUUAUAUUCGUCGCCUUAUAAACUCAAAGCGACGAGUUACACUUAUUAACAAUAUAAUUCAAAAUGUCCAUGACCGGUUGGAACGAUUACAGCGUAACGCGGAACAAGAGACAAACCGUGUAAAAACAAUUGUUCAAGCUGAAUCUGCUUUAAUUAAUGUAACACAGGGGGUUACUGGUGAUCCUUCAUAAUUCUGUGUUCAAUAACAAUCUAAUUGUUCGGCAUAAGUUUUUUUUCUGUUUGUGCAAUAAGUGAUUAUUUUUAUUACCCGUAAAGAAAACAUAUUGUUUUGAUUAUUCACUAAAGCGAAGCAUUUUUUACUAAUUUCACUUAUAUAAUUAGCCUGGGUGUUGGGGUAAUGACCCAAUUCUGGUCUAAAUCCUAGGUUCCUUUUGAUAAGGACCUUCCUCACCCAUAUAGCAUAGAAGCAUAUUGCUGUCGUUGUUGUUUUAAUUACACAUUGAUUGUUCCCUGUAAAGUUGGUAUUCUGUUGAAUGACAACAAAUGUUCCAAAUCACAACAA